AUGUCAAAAACAGUACCAAUAUCACCUCACCUCUCUCUGCUUGCUCUCAACCACACAGCCUCCCUGACGGCGGCGACCAGCGCGUCCUCCGCCGUUCCCGUAGGCGCGAUCGUCGGAGGGGUGGUCGGAGGAGUAGUCGGUCUCCUCGCGAUCGUCCUGCUGGUGGUGUACUUCUACCGACGACCAUCUCUACGUGCCCGCCGCCAAGACGAGGAGCUAUCAGCGCGCAUCGACCCAUUCCACGUGCCGCCGAAUGUGGGCUCCGCCGCCCCCUCCACGGUCGCCCUUACGCCGGCCGCGACACAGCAGCAGCCCGAGAAGGAUCCGCACGACCGGAGACGGCGGAAGCGGCGGAAGCGCACGAAGCCGCAGGCACAAGCCGCAGAGGGCCGCAUCGAUGCGUUCGAGCUCACGGACACGACGGGGUCGACGAACCCGUCGAGCAGCGGGAGCGGGAGUGGGAGUGGAAGUGGGGCUGGGAGCCAGCACGAACGGCUGCGCGGGCGAAUCGAGGAGACGGAGGGGCGGAUCCUGCAGUUGCAGCGGACACGUGUGCGCUCGAGGGAGCUGGCCGAGCUGCAGCGCGAGCUGCGUACCCUCAGGGAAGAGCUGGAGCGGAUGCGGGAGGCGCAGCGCAGGAGGAGGGAAAGGGAGGCUGUAGAUGAAGCGCUGCCGGAAUAUGCGGAGUGA